GUAAACAGAAUUUGAGAUAAGAGAAUCAUAUGCAGAAGAAAAAUUUAGUCAUUUGCAGCUCAAUUGCUUAACCUAAAACAUGCUGAAAGCAAUUAUAUUGAUUGGCGGCCCACAAAAGGGCACCCGUUUCCGCCCACUGUCGCUGGACACCCCAAAGCCGCUUUUCCCAGUAGCCGGGCGCCCUCUGAUUGCUCAUCACAUCGAAGCCUGUGUUCAAGUAAAGGAACUGCGCGAGAUACUCAUCAUUGGCUUCUACCCGCAGACGCAGAUGGAAGGGUUUGUCAGCGACAUGCAAGCGCUCUACAGCAGCAGCAAUAUAAACAUCAGGUACCUACAGGAGUUUACCUCGUUGGGAACGGCUGGCGGCAUGUACCACUUCCGCGAUCAGAUACGGGCUGGCAAUCCGCGCGCGUUCUUCGUGCUCAAUGGCGACGUCUGUGCGGACUUUCCGCUGCAGGAGCUGUACAGCUUCCAUAUGGAGAGGCCGGCGAGCGCCUUGGUGACGAUCAUGAGCACGGAGGCGACGCGCCAGCAAUCGCUCCACUACGGCUGCCUCGUCUUCGAUCGUGCAAGUGGCGCUGUGUCGCAUUAUGUGGAGAAGCCCAGCUCCUAUGUCUCCACGUACAUCAAUUGCGGCGUCUAUGUCUGCUCCAUGGACAUCUUUACGAAGCUCGCGCAGAUCUUCCAUGCGAAGUGCGAGGAGUACAGCUGCAUCAGCUACAGCAACGGCAAUGGCAACGGCAACGGCAAGGAUCAGGGUCACAUUAAGUGGGAGCAAGAGGUGCUCACUCCUCUAGCUGGCACUGACAUGCUCUUCGCCAUGCCGGUGCCCAAUUGGUGGUCUCAGAUGAAGACCGCUGGAUCGGCCAUCUAUGCCAAUCGGCACUACCUCGAUCUCUACAAGCGCACCCAUCCCGAACGUCUCGCCAAUGUGGGCAACAAGCGGGGCGAGGGCGAUGGCAACCUGAUUUGUACCGUCUAUCCGGAUGUCUAUGUCCACCCGAGUGCUACGGUCCACCACUCGGCUGUGCUCGGGCCCAACGUGGCCAUAGGUCCUGGAGUUACGAUUGGGCCUGGCGUUCGCAUACGCGAAUCCAUUGUGCUGGAGCAAGCCCAGAUCAAGGAUCACACGCUCAUCCUUCAUUCGAUUGUGGGUCGUGGCUGCACCAUUGGCGCCUGGACUCGAGUCGAGGGCACGCCCAGCGAUCCGGAUCCAAAUAAGCCAUUUGCCAAAAUGGAGAAUCCACCGUUGUUCAACAAUGAGGGCAAACUGAACCCAUCGAUAACUAUAUUGGGCUGCUUUGUGCAAAUACCCGCCGAGAAGAUACUGCUGAACAGCAUUGUCCUGCCGCACAAGGAGCUCAGUCGAAGCUUUAAGAACGAAAUUAUUUUGUGAAAAUUUGGUUGGAUGACUUUACUUAUUUAUUUAUAUAUGCAAUACACAUUAUAUGUUUUAUUGUAUGCUAAUCUAUCUUGGUGUUGUGCAAUAAUCCUUAAA